AUUUACUAUUUAGAAUCACUUUACUUUUUGACGUUUAUAGUCCAAGUCUUAAGGGGAGUUAAUUGUUUAUAACAAGUUUUAUUAAAAAAAGAUACGUGCAAAUUAAUAAUUAAUUGAAUAAAUAACAUUAACUAUAAUGCUUGUUUUAGUACUAGGUGAUCUUCACAUACCACAUAGAUGUAGUAGUUUACCUGCAAAAUUCAAAAAGUUGCUGGUGCCCGGUCGAAUACAGCACAUUUUAUGUACUGGCAAUCUGUGUACGAAAGAAUCCUACGAUUAUUUAAAAACCUUAGCUAGUGAUGUCCAUGUAGUACGAGGUGAUUUUGAUGAUAAUUUGAAUUACCCAGAACAAAAAGUAGUCACAGUAGGCCAGUUUAGGAUAGGACUAUCCCAUGGUCAUCAAGUAGUACCUUGGGGAGACCCAGAAUCAAUUGCGUUAAUCCAAAGACAGUUGGAUGUUGAUAUAUUAAUAUCUGGUCAUACACAUAAGUUUGAAGCGUAUGAACAUGAAAACAAGUUUUAUAUCAACCCAGGAUCAGCAACAGGAGCUUACAAUUCAUUAGAAACAUCAAUAACUCCAUCGUUUGUAUUAAUGGACAUUCAGAAUACAACAGUUGUCACAUAUGUAUACCAAUUAGUUGGCGAAGAUGUUAAAGUUGAAAGGAUUGAAUAUAAGAAAAAUUAAAUUAAAUUUUUGUAUCAUAUCUUUAUUUAAAUUUUUAAAAACAUGGAUUUAAUAUCACUUAUUGAUAAUUUUGUUAAAGCAUUACCAAAAAAUGAUUAUUAUGACUUCAGUUGAUUCAGUUUCAUCAUCAGGUUUGCUAAAUCUUUAAUAUCUAGAAAUAGAUAUAUUUGAAUAAAGAAGAUUAUCAAUUUGUGAUUUAUUAUUCCUGCAUAUUAUUUGUAUGAAAUUUUGUAAUAUUGCUGAAUUAGUCCGACAAUGCAUGUAUUGUUUAAUUCUUUUUAUAAUGAUUUUAGGAUCUGUCUUCUUUUUCAGCUUAUAAGUUGAUUAAGUAUUUAUACAACUAAGAUAUAUAAUAUAUUGUGUACCUAAAUUGUAUUUAAUUUAAUUGUUAAAUUUAUAAUUAAUAAUAAAUAUAUAACAUUCCA